CAGUGGCCUCGUAGCUGUAACAACGUCGCUCGCCUCAACGCUCGCCUCAGCUGCCGCAGCUGCCUCGUUGUGCUGUUGUUGUUGUCGUUUCAAUCGUCUCAACUCAUCAUCAUCGCCGGCCAGAGAGCCGGAGACACCCAGAACUCUGUUCAAACCGGACUCCGUCUGGCGUCUGUUAUCGCGCCACGCGUUUCGCGCCGUUUGAUAAGCAGCCCGCUGCGAGUUUUUAGCGUCGGUGAAAAAACCCUCAAACAAAUUAAUUCAAUAGUAAUAAUAACAAAAAAAAAAAAAAUAAAUAAAUAAAAAACCAAAACCCAGUGAACAAUUUCAGAAUUUAUGUGUGCUAAUCAAUAAAAGUGUUUCCGCAAUAUUAUUUGCAAAUUUUCACACGCCUAUACGAGUGCGUAGAUACCCACAUUCAUACUCAUACUCACACUCAUACUCUUGUAUUCAUAUUCGCAAUAUCUUAUGCAAUUAAUUUGCAUGUAUUUAGUGGCAGCUGUUGGACGCUUGACAAACUGAUCCGUCAAGUCGUCAAAACAAUUUGCAUCGUCUAGCAACAAGUGAUCUAUCAAUUAAUAGAUCCAGAUCUAUUGCCAAAAGCUGGCUGAAGAAUUUUGUGCAAAAGACUUGGAUUAAAAAUCGCCAAAAUUGUGGAGGCAAUUAAAAUGAAGACUGAGCUGCGUUCCUGCGCAGCGUGCGGCGAACCAAUCUCGGAUCGAUUUUUCCUCGAGGUUGGCGGCUGCUCGUGGCACGCCCAUUGCCUCAGAUGUUGCAUGUGCAUGUGUCCGCUGGAUCGCCAACAGUCGUGCUUCAUUCGGGAACGUCAGGUCUACUGCAAGGCCGAUUACAGCAAAAAUUUCGGCGCCAAGUGCUCGAAAUGCUGUCGCGGCAUCUCCGCCUCGGAUUGGGUGCGACGAGCGCGCGAUUUGGUAUUUCAUUUGGCCUGCUUUGCCUGCGAUCAAUGUGGACGCCAGUUGUCCACUGGCGAACAGUUUGCGCUCAUGGAUGACCGUGUGCUUUGCAAGGCUCAUUAUCUGGAAACGGUCGAGGGUGGCACCACAUCAAGUGACGAUGGCUGUGAUGGUGAUGGUUAUCACAAGAGUAAAACGAAACGCGUACGCACCACCUUCACCGAGGAGCAAUUGCAAGUGUUGCAGGCCAACUUUCAGAUUGACAGUAAUCCGGAUGGCCAGGAUUUGGAGCGUAUUGCCUCAGUAACUGGUCUGAGCAAGCGUGUGACGCAAGUUUGGUUUCAGAAUUCGCGUGCGCGUCAAAAAAAACACAUACAUGCUGGUAAGAAUAAAAUACGCGAACCGGAAGGAAGCUCAUUUGCGCGUCAUAUUAACCUGCAGUUAACGUAUUCAUUUCAGAAUAACGCACAGAAUCCCAUGCAUAUGAAUGGCACCAAAGGGGCUCUAUAUCCAGCGCAUGAAUCCUCAAUGGAUGAGCUGUCGCAGGACUCGAGUGUCCACUGCAUGCCCAGCGAGGUGUGACUGGAGCAAUCCUCGCCAGCGCGUGCUCAUCGCUAAUGAUCA